AUGGCAAACAUUGAGAAGCUUAAGUUCCCGGCUCUCAGAAUAACUGGAGCAAACUACAUAGCAUGGAUCACCAAUGCGGAACUUUAUCUAGAGUCGAAAAAGUUAACCGACACCAUAAAAGAAGAAAAUGAAUCGUCUGCCCAUGAUAAGGCAACAGCGAUCAUUUUCCUGAGGAAACAUCUAGAAGAAAAUGUGACGCACGACUAUGCGCACAUAAAAGAUCCAGCAGAGCUCUGGCAAGCUCUUAAAGAAAGGUUUGACAACCAGAGGGAAAUAGACCUCCCCCAUGCUCUUGAAGAGUGGAAAAACUUGAGGUUUCAAGAUUUUGAAAAGGUUGAGGAUUAUAAUUUUGCUAUUCUGAGAAUUGUCUCACAACUGAAAUAUUGUGGUAAACCCGUCACCGAUGCAGAAAUGCUCGAAAAGACGUACCUUACAUUUCAUAAGGAACAUCGUAUCCUACAAGAAAUGUAUAGGAAUCGUGGGUAUACAAGAUUCUCUGAAUUGAUUGUGACACUCAUAUUAGCAGAGAAGAAUAAUGAACUUCUCAUCAGAAACCACAAUUCUCGACCUACGGGAACCAAAGCAUUUCCUGAAGCAAAUGCGAUGGUUAUAGGAAAACCAGAAAGGAAAAGUCAAACCAAUAAGGGUCGUGGCCGUCGAUUUAAUUGUGGACGAGGUAGGACUUACAACCCAAAAGGGAGGAACUCAUACAAGUGGGUUCGGUCUGAACAAACUUCAAAGGGGAAAGAACCCCAAACGAAUAUCACCCAGAAGCGUGAGGAUGUAUGUUACAGAUGCGGGUCCAAAGGACAUUGGUCUCGUACCUGUCGAACCCCUCCACAUCUUUGUAAGUUGUUCCAAGAGUCUGUCAAAGGCAAAGGGAAAGAAGUGAACCUCACGGAACACUUCGAGGGUACAUCAUACCUCGACUCCUCCGAAUUUGCGGAUGAUUUCGACGAGACCGCUGUAGCGGAUAACUGA